AAAUGAAUCUUACUGAGCUACCUACCAUGGAUAGCGAAUCGCCUCUGAUGGCUGAAUACAACCAUCAAUCACAUGACUCCGACCGUAAGGUACUUAGGAGCUUCUGCUUUCUCUCAGGAUGUGUGAUGUGCGUUGUCAGUGCCCUUAACAUGUUGAAUGUACUCUCCAUUGCCAGGCCAGCGCUUUACCUUCUCAACUUGGUCCAAGGUAUCUUUGGAUUUUCUAUUAUGGUCUUUGAGGGUGACGAGUACUCAUCACUAGCUCCGUACGCCAAUGUGCUGGAUGUAUAUUUCAAGUUCCUUCACUUGUACGUUGGACGGGCCUUGUUCUUUGCUCUAGUAGGGCUGCACUGCGCACUGUUGACCCAACUCUCUGUGUUGUACUAUCCCUUGACCCUUGUAUGGAUGGGUGUAGCUUCAUUUAUCAUUGCCAAUCACCAUAAGGACAGCGGUCUGCCAUGGGUCAACGCAUAAACUUAUUUAACAAUGCAAUGAUCUAUUUUAUAGAUUUCU